GCAAGUAAUAGAUGCACGUGUGAUGUCAAACAAUGACAAAACCGGCGGCUGCGUUAAAUCACGUGUACUGAAUCUCAUUUCGUACAACAAUGUUUACAAACAAUGUCAAAUUGAUUGGUUUUGCCAAGUACUCAGUUUGGAAGAAUUACGCGUGUGACGCAUAUUGUCAAUUAAGAACUUGCGGCAAAUAUAAGAACUUCAUUUGGGUUUGUGGUUAUUCUACAGGAUGCAACGAGAAAAAUUACGGGUUUCAGAUGCAAACGGAUCCCAGAGUCGAAGCAUUGAGAGAGAAAUUGAUAUACUGCGAUCAUCUGGAUCGUAAUAAAGUCAGAAUAGGUUACAUGAAGCAAUACAUAAUGAAAAAAAAUAUCGAAACAAAGCAGAGCAAAACACGAAUGGCUGAGCUCAUGAAUACUCCUGUAUACAGCGUACUCUUGGAUGACAGCAAAGAUAAGAAGGACGAUAAUCAAUUACAGGAAAAAUAUACAGAAGAAGAUGAUGCAAAACCCAUACAUAUGCCAUAUGCUAGUACAGAUAAAUACAGUAGCUUGGAUACAUCUUCACAUGAUUCUGAUCAAUUUGAUGGCAAAACUAUACCAUUGAGUAGCAAGUAUAAAGAUUUGUACGAUAAAUAUUUGGCACUGAAGACGGAAACUUCGAGAACAGGAAAAGAAAUUUCUCUGAAAGAUUAUUUAGAGGAGGUAGACAUUGAUGAUGAACCUACUCAAACAGAUUUGUCCAGUGUGCCAUUUAAUUGGAUGGUUGAUGUAGAGCAAUACGAUGAUUCUUUGGCGGACAGUGCUUGGCUUAGCAAUUACGGCACUCCCGAUCCAAAUUCAGACAUUAGCUCUGUUCCAUGCGGUGGAUGUGGUGCUUUGCUACACUGUAAAGAUCAUGCUAUACCAGGUUAUUUACCCUCAGAGAUAUUUUUGAAAAAGAAUAAAAAACAAUUGCGAAUCAUGAUAUGUCAAAGAUGUCACUUCAUGAGAUACUACAACACCACAUUGGAGGUAAAGGUUUCGCCAAGUGAAUAUGAGGAACUUCUGAAGGUGAUAAAAACAAAGAAAUGUGCUGUCAUCCUAAUGAUCGAUCUUUUAGAUUUUCCGUGUAGCAUAUGGCCCCAGAUAAAUAACGUGCUGCAUCCUAUGACACCGGUGUUUGUAGUAGGGAACAAAGUUGACCUGUUGCCUCAGGAUUCGCCACAGUUUUUCAAUCACGUUAAGGAGUGUCUGUCAAUGGCCGUAGAAAACACAGGAAUCAGGAAGGAAAUGAUCAGACAUAUAGCUCUUAUAUCAGCGAAAACUGGUUAUGGAAUAGAACAACUUAUAAAUAAAUUACACAAAUUGUGGCAAUAUAAAGGAGAUGUUUAUGUGAUUGGAUGCACAAAUGUGGGAAAAUCAUCUUUGUUUAAUGCUUUAUUACAAUCCGAUUAUUGCAAGGUACAAGCUGUGGAUCUUAUACAACGUGCAACCAUUUCUCCUUGGCCCGGCACAACUUUAAAUUUACUCAAAUUUCCUAUUUUGAAUCCUCAAAGGUGGAGACUCUAUUUGAGGACACAGAGGUUGCAAAAUGAACAAAUACCACAGAAAAACGAAGAGAAAGUUAGGAUUGAACGAUUCCAAGCAACGCGCGAUCUUAAUUACGCCACGUUACAAAGUCACAUCGGCAGAACAUUUUAUUCUAAGUCCGAGUUUAUAGAACAAAACGAUCUGUUCACGGAAGGAAAGUACAACAGAGCCGAGCAACAAUUCGGCUUUGACGAGACCAAGGAGGAAUAUAAAUACAGUCGCUGGUGUUACGACACACCGGGCACCAUUCAACCGGAUCAGAUCUUAGAUCUGCUAACAACGGAAGAGCUUUUAACGAUUUUGCCAAAGAAAAUAAUCUCACCCAGAACUUUUAUUCUACGUAUAAAUCAAACAAUAUUUUUAGGUGGAUUAGGUAGACUAGAUUACUUGGAGGGCAAUAAUUUCAUCAGAUGCACGAUUUUUUCGAGUGACGAGUUACCGGUGACUUUGACUCAUACUGCGGAUGCGGAUGAGAUUUAUAACGAAUUGCUCAAAACAAAGGCAUUUGUUGUGCCCGAGAACAAUCCUGAUCGAUUGAAACACUGGCCUGAAUUAGAAUCCAAGGAAAUGGAAGUCACCGCUAUCGGAAAGAACAAAUCGGCUGCCGACGUGGUUUUGUCCAGCGCAGGAUGGAUCGCGAUCAGUGGGAAAGAAAAUGAACGCGUUCUUUUGCGAGCUUGGAGCCCGCAGGGUCGCGGUUUGUAUCUUAGAACACCGGCGCUUUUGAGAAAAUCUGUCACCUUACGUGGCAAUCGAGUCAGAGACGUGCCGGCAUAUAGAAGUGGACGUCAAGCGUAUAGGUCUUAAAACAAAACUUGUACAUAUAUUUUAGGCGUUUUUCUUCACGUUACACAGUUCAAUAUACAUGUUUAUACGUGUAUAUAUGUUUAUUAUUAUUAUUAUU